UCAUAUUUUCCUUGCAAUUUCUCCCGAUUUCAAAAUUUCAAAAAUUUAUAAACCCCCUCCCAUCUCUCUCUCCCCACCUUAUUCAUUUCUCAUAAACUCUCUGUAUUCUCUUCCUUCGCUCUCUCUUCUCAUUGAGGUUCAAGCUUACUCAUCAAAGGUCUCAAUGGAAACUCCAUCAUCAAUGAGAAGGGUCGCCAGGUCUCAGACCUCCAUCGCAUCUCAGAAAAUCAAGAAAGAGAACUCUGAGAGAUCAGCUUUGCUCGACAUCACCAACGAAUCCCCAAUUGUCGGCCUGGCUGCAGGAACACUAUUGAAGAAGACACCGUCUUCUUCAGCUAUCAAAACCCGGGUCUGUGUUGAGAACGAACCUGGAUCCGGUGAGGACCUGCUCAGGGGUCAGGUAAAGAAUUUGCUACAGAAAGUGGAGGAAGAAGAUGGGCAUGUCUCUGUAGAUGAAAACAGUCUCAAAAUUGAGCCGAUUCAGAUUGCCGAAGCUAUAAAGCCAGAGGAGGCUGUCAAUCCUCAAGAAAACCUGCUCAACCGAGCACUACUGUUCGAUUCACCAGAGAAAUCCCUUGAAGAUGACAGCUCCUCAGCUUGGUCAAUUCAAGUUAAUGUCAGCAUCCAAGACGAAGAGGAAGAAAAAAUCGAAGAUUUUGAUGGUGAAGAAGAAGAAGAAGAAGAAGAAGAAGAGUAUUAUGAGGAAGCUGAAAAUUAUUUCGAUGAUAUCUGCCAAGGGCUGAGCAAGAUGACAGUGAAAGAGGAGAAGUUUGAGGGGAAGCACACUCGGUUUGUUUACAACAGCGAUGACGAGAUCGAAGGAGAAGAAGUGAUCCAGGAGAAACGCGCGAAGAAUAGAUCGCCGAGUGCGCUCCUGCUGAGAGGGUUGCCGGUGCCAGAGGGGAAGCACUUGAGGUUUCAUGAUGAAGAGGAUGAAGAAUGAAGGAGGGAAGUUUUGAUUAGGAAAUAUUUUGAGUUUGUUAUUUUGUUGUAUCGGUUGUCUUUCUUAACAGCCAUUGAUUGAAAUUAUGCAGUGCUGUUGGAAUUAAUAUUGUGUUAUUAUCCAUCCGAUAUUGUUGGUGGACUUCUGAUAAACUAAUGAAACACACAUACGACGUGUAAUUUCAGUCAA